UGGCUGAAGCUUCGGGCUGCCUUUUCGCUGUGUCUAUCGUUCUCCUGUGAAACGAUCCCAACCGCCACCAUUCCGCAACCAGGAAUAUCCCACGCAUGUCUUGUUCUUUCAAGAUAUCCUUGGUCCAGAAUCCCUCCCGCCUCUUUUUAAUAUAACCCUCUCGCUUAGUUUCGUGAAAUCUCCUCACUCAAUCAACCGUCAUCAUGGCCACUGUCAACAUUCGCCGGGAUGUCUCCGAUCCCUUCUACCGUUACAAGAUGGAGCGCUUGCAAUCCAAGAUUGAAGGCAAGGGCAACGGCAUCAAGACUGUCAUCGUCAACCUGAACUCCGUCGCCCAGUCUCUCAGCCGUCCUGCCUCCUACGUCAUCAAGUACUUUGGCUUCGAGCUGGGUGCUCAGGCCAACGCCAAGCCGACCGAUGAUCGCUGGAUCAUCAACGGCGCUCAUGAUGCCCCCAAGCUUCAGGACUAUCUGGAUGGCUUCAUCUCCAAGUUCGUUCUGUGCAAGAAGUGCAAGAACCCCGAGACAGACGUCGUGAUCAAGGACGAAAAGAUCUUCUUGGACUGCAAGGCCUGUGGACAGCGCUCCGAGGUCGAUGCCCGUCUGAAGCUGAGCACGUUCAUCCUCCGCAACAUCCAGACCAAGGGAGGCAAGAAGGACAAGAAGGACAAGAAGGCUCGUCGCGAACGAAACAAGAACAAUGACGCGAAUGGCGACAAAGAUGGCAGCCCUGGAGAUAGCAACAACUCCGAGAACGGCGAUGACGAGAAUGGCGACGUCGCCCUGGAAGCAGGAAGCGAUGAUGAGCUGACUCGCCGUAUCAAGGCUGAUGCCAAGCGCAUCGAGGCCGAAGAUGACAUCGACGAUGAUGACUGGGCCGUCGACGUGUCUGAGGAGGCCGUCAAGGCUCGUGCCAAGGAGCUUCCCGAUGAUCUCAAGCGCACGCUUGUCCUCGAGGACGCCGACGAAGAGGGUGCUGAUGGCCCUUCGGCUUAUGAUGAGCUUGGUAGCUGGGUUCUCAACGCCGCUUCUGAGAAGGGCGGUGUCACUGCCGUCAGCGACGUGGAUAUCUACAUGAAGGCCAAGGAGUACGGAAUCGAGAACAAGCACAAGACUGUGGCCGUUCUUGCUCAGACCAUCUUCGACGAGAAGAUCGCCAAGCAGAUUCCUUCUCGUGCCGGUCUGCUGAAGAAGAUGAUCACCUCCGAGCGCCACGAGAAGGCCUUCCUGGGUGGCACCGAGCGUUUCGUCGGCAAGGAUCGUCCUGAGCUGAUUGCCCAGGUCCCGGCCGUUCUUCUCAAGUACUACGAACACGACCUCAUCUCUGAGGAAACCCUCAAGGCAUGGGGCGCGAAGGCCAGCAAGAAGUACGUCGACAUCCAGACCAGCAAGAAGGUCCGCAAGGCCGCUGAGCCCUUCCUCCAGUGGCUCGAGAACGCCGAGAGCGAGGAAGAGAGCGAGGAGGAGAGCGACUAGACCAGCGACAUAGCUUCGUACGGUCGCCUGUCUGCCUACUGGGCAUGGUUUCGGGACUCGUUUGAGUUGCACUUUGCUUUUUUUUGUCUGCUCCUACUGGUUUCACUCAUUUCGAAUUGGUACAGUUGAGGAUUGCCUACUGUUCUUGUGUUUGAGCUUGAAGUUUGAAAUCGAAAAGACCAGAAAGAAACGUUGGGCUACUAUUAGUUAUCAAUCAACCACCUCUUCGCUCAUGAUGCACUCACUGUAAUCGAG